AGACAUUUUGUUCGACGUUUGACAGCUCAAAGCAGUACAAAAGAGAAAUUGUCGUAAAGAAGAUAAACAAACAAAAGUGCUGCUUUUUUCAUCGAAAUGGAUCGUUUGGAACCCUCCUCGCAGGACGACCGCAGGCUUUGGCUUGGGAAUCUGGACAGUCGAAUCACCGAGUAUCAAUUACUGAAAAUCGUGCAAAAAUACGGCAAAAUCGAAAAGUUCGACAUGCUGUUCCAUCGCUCCGGGCCGCUAGCGGGCUAUCCGAGGGGGUACGCCUUCGUUACGUAUGAGAACCACCGAGACUCGGAAUCCGCACUGCACCGGCUGGAUGGGAAGCUGGUCGGGGAGAAAACGAUCGUCGUCCGGUGGGCGAAACACGUCAACCGUGAGGAAAAUGAUCGAUCGAAGCCUAAAAUCGAGAUACCCUGUCUGGCGGGCGGGUCGAAGGGUGGCUCCAACGGUCCGCUAAGCCAGCAGACCAAAAUUCAAGCCCUGGAAGCGAAGCUGAAAAUGUUGGAAAGCCGGUCGGACGAUCUGGUGAUCAACAGAUCGACUACCGCGGAGCGGCCCAUCAUCGAGCGGUACCAGUACAACAUCCACCAACCGCAGCGGAUGGAUCCGAAGACGAAGCGACCGCUCCACGAGGGUGGCAGCAGGGGCCGCGGCGGUCGUGGCGGUAACCGGAGCGCACCGUACAGACACACCAACCGCCAUAAAUAGUCGCGUGCGCGGACUGGACGAUCUCACCACCUCCCAUCGGCGAAUACUCAUAACUUUACAACAUGUAUUGCUAGCUUUAAACCUAUCGGACCGACCGACAAGAACAAAGAUUCAUGAAUAUAGAAGCUAAAAAACUAAACAAA